GUGACAAGUGAUAACAUAAGAUUCAAGACAUUAUAGACAAUUAAAUAAUUCCAUAUGGGAAUACUUUGAUGUCGAAUUGCUUUGAAUUCUUAGUUCUAAGUAGUACUGUAGUAGUCUAGCCGCAAUUAACUAUUAAGUGAAAAUAAUACAUAAGCCAAUUUUAAAUGAAGUCUUCAUUAAACUGACAAAAUUAUAUACUGGUGUUUGACAGUCAGUAAAUGAAUAUCAUUAUGAGUAACUCUAGUCCUAAUGUUGAGUCACUUUAUAGUAAAUCAUUAAAGCAGUUAUGCUAUUCCAUGAAUGAAGACACCCUGGUAAAUGUGUUGAAGUGGUUACCACCAUCAAUCAGUUUGCAAAUCUUAUGGAAGGUCUUAAAAGUAAAUAAUGAUUGCGAAAAUUUUGUGUAUAAUCUCCCAGAAAGUAAGAUAUCUUCAAUUAAACGAGGACGUGAAAUUGCUCAAAUGUCAUUACAUAAUUCAGGCUAUGAAGAACCUGUCUCCUAUAGACAGAUGAGCUCUGAAACUCAUGAAGGAUUUGCCACCAUACAACAAACUAAAUUUGUUGAUCGUUUCAAUUUUUCUCAACAUAUUGAUUUAAAUUUGUUUUCAAAAUAUUUGGAAGUUACCAAUUAUCGAAGUGAACUAUUCACUAUUUUCCAGAUUUGUAUACAAAUUAAUGGUUUUCAAUUUCCUAAAAAUUUGGCUGAUGAAUGGAUAAAAAUAGAUAUUCAAGAUGAAAGUAACAGUGUUUAUGUUCAUCAUAUUGAUCAAGGUCUCAAAUUAGGAAUUUUUCUUGGGGACGCCGGCUGGUUCAGCGAAUGUGCUCUAGUUUUAUCACAUACAUACAAAAUAAUUACUACAAAAUGGCUGUGUCAUGACCAAAAUUUAAAAUUGGUCAAAAUUAUUCAAUGCUUAACCAAGUGGUUAUUAGUAGUAUCAAAUUACCAUAAUUUUGAAGAAGCUAAAGUAGUCUUACAAUAUAUGCUACACACUAUCGGUGUCAUUGAAAAAAUAGAAAGAAGAAAAUUGUGUAUAGCAUAUGCCUAUGUAGCGGUUUCACAAUAUUAUUAUGUAUUAAUGGAAUUUAAUGAGGCUUGGUCAUGGGCAUUUAAAGCUGUCUAUGAACUUCAGGAUAAGAGUGCUGACAUUUUGAAAUUGUUGGUAAUAAGUCAUGCCAUUAGAGUUUGUUCUGUUUUGAACAAAUUGAGCACAGCAAGAAAAUUAAUUAAUCAAUUGCACACAUACGAAAAAGAAAUUGAUCAGAAUGUUGAUGUUGAUAUAUUAUUGAAUAUAGCAUGCUACUCAUUGAAAGCAGAUUUAGCAAAAGAUAGCAUUAACAGUUACUAUAUUGCAUUAGAUUCAAGAAGAAAUUUAUUUGGUUAUUAUAAUUUACAUACUGCAAUUGUUUUUGUUGAUUAUGCAUAUGCUCGAUAUGUUUGUGAUUAUUCAACAACUGACUUUAAUGAAGCUAUGCGAAGCAUAUUACAAGGCAUAUUUAUUAUGGAAAAAAUUGGUUUACCAAAUGACAAUAUGUUGUUAGUAAAUGCUGGAAGGAUAAAGGCAUUGAUACUAGAAGAAAAAGCUUUAGAUAUAAUGGACAGAGGUAUCGAUAUUUACAUACAUGAUGGUAUAAGAGAUUUACAAGCAGAUGGAAUAAAGCGAUUGUUAGAAAGGAUGAAGAGGAAUAUGUUAAAUGAAGCUGAAGCUCUUCAUUUAAAAGCAUUAGAAGUUUCUCUAAAAGCAGUUGGUAUGAAAGCUCUGCUUACAGCAAAAUCAUAUUGUAAUUUAGGAAGACUUUAUCAAAGCCAAGAAAAAUAUACGCAAUCCGAACAGAUGCAUUUAAAAGCUAUUGAAAUCAAAGAAUCAAUUUUAGGUAAGGAUAAUCCAGAAGUUGCUUUAUCUUUAGGUCACUUGGCUAGUUUGUACACUUAUCAAUUAAAAAAAUAUCAAGAGGCUGAAGUACUUUAUUUGCGUUCAAAAACAAUAUAUGAAACUACCUAUGGUCAACAGUACACAGGCUUACUGUAUGAUUUUCAAGGAUUGGUGGAAGUUUAUCGAGAACUAAAUGAUAUUGAAAAGUGUAAUCAAUACACUGAAAAUAUGCGAAGGUUUCAUGAAACACGUGAAGCCUGGUUACAUGAAGUACACACUGCGACUGAUGAAAACUGUACUAAAGAUGAUUUUAGUUUAGAAAAGUUUAAAUGCAUACUGAAUGAAUGUGCUUGUGACAAAUAGUAAAUUUAAAUGUUAAAUUAAUUAGAAACUAAUAAUAAAUAUAGUAUUUAAUUUUGUGUACAAAAGUAAUAUCAAUAAUAUUUUAUUCUGAAUGUUUAAUUAUACAUAUUUUAUCAUGUUAAUAUUUCUUGUGCAUAACUAUUUUUAAAAUAAUAUAAAUACAAAAUUGUAUUUAUUUGUUUACGUAUUAGUUAAUUGUACAUUUUAUUUUAUAUUUUUUAUUUUUUAUUAUUAAUUAUUAUUUGAUAAUCAAAUUAAUAUCCUAUAUAAAUAUGCUUGUUUUAGAGAUAAAAUUUAUCUGAAGUCCUAAUGUGUAAUUUUAGAAAAGGUCCAUGACAAGUAGGUAUAAAUAUACCUAUUGGUUGUACUACCUAUAUUUUUAUAUUUAUCCUAUUGUAAUAUUUUUAAAUCAUUAUAUUUAUGUUCUUUAUUGUUAAAUUUCAUUGAUGCAUCAAUAUAUUAUAUAUAUAUUUUUUUAAAUAACAUAUUUAUGUGGUUAUUAACAAUUUUUCAGAGUACAGUGAAAAUAUUUUUAAUUAAGUCAAACUUAGUUAAGUGUGAACUCUAUUCAGUUUUCAAUUGAUUGAACAAAUUAAAGUAAUUCUACAUAUUUUUAAGAAAAAAUACUGUUUUUAAAAACAAAUAUGUUUAUAAUUUUAAGUGAUUUUUUUACUUUUGAUUUUGUAUAGUUUUAAUAUUAAUAAUUAACUGAUAUAUUUAAUGUUUUUAUUUAAAUAAGUUAAAUUAUAAGCAAGCAAUAAUAAUGUAAAUAAUAUAUUCAUAAUUUGACCAUUAAUUUUGUCAAAAGGACUUACACUUGCAUUCUAGUUGCAUAGUAUCAUUCAUAUUAUUAUUUAUAGUUAAAAAUUAUUUAUGUACCUACUCACUACCUAUGCUAUUUUUAGAAAUAAUGUGUUUUACUGAUAACAUAAAAAUAAAUUUAAAAGUACCUAACUAGUAA